AUGGAUCCCAGCACCUCUGGCGGGGGAAAGGACAUCACUUCGCCCCCUUCUGCUACUGCUGCUGCGAGUGCGGAGGCUCAUACGCAGAUCCGCAAGAAGAAGGCACCCGGCCUCGCCUCCACAAACAAGCGCAAGCGAACGGCGGAGGUCGCCGACAGCAGCGCCAAGGGGGGGAUCGAAACCAAUCUGAAACGGCCACGCACCCCCGAAGCCCGCGCCUCUUCGAAGCAACAGACUGUCGGGAAGGAAGAAGGAGCUGAUGUGAAUGAUGACCCGGCCGCGCUGGUCGAGCUGCUGCGGACCCAAGCACUGGGAACGGAAGGGGCCAGGCGUGCUCAGUGGCUCCAGCGGAGGGAGCGCAAACUGCGAGUCCUCUCCCAUCUCGAGCACGGGGAGUCCCUCUUGGCCUUUCUUCUUCAGGCCCACCACCCUGCUGCUGCUGCUGCGCAACCACCACCCUCCACCGCGUGCGACCCGCCACCACCGCCACUUUGGCCACCGACCACAGCAGCCCACGCGUCCCCCGCCGCCCCACCGUGCUCCGCCUCUUCACCGCCGCCGCCGCCCCGUGGUGGCGAGGUCGCGGACUCGCACUUGGUGCUGCAGGGCGGCCACGAGGCUGGCGCGAGGCGAGUGGAGGAGGAGGAGGAGGAGGAGACUAUGCCGCCGCUGAGGGGACUCGCGCUGCCGAGCACCGCCGCCGCCGCCGUCGCCGUCACCAUCGGAGCUGCUGCUGCUGCUGGCGGGGGCGGGGGCAUCAGGGCCGAGGAGGCGGGGGCGGGGGCGAAGGGGCGUGCGGAGUGGGAGGCGUGGGUGCAGGGGCGGGUGGGUGCGCUGCAGCGAGAGGGGCUGUGGAGCGGGCGGCGCGCGGGCAAGGUGCCGGAGCCCCCGCGCGGCAAGACGCACUGGGACUACGUGCUCGAGGAGAUGGCGUGGAUGGCCCACGACUUUGCCGAGGAGCGCCGCUUCAAAAUGGCGCUCGCCCGCCGCGUCUCCAAGGAGGUGCUGCGCUAUCACCAGGCCCGCCGCACCCGCGAGGAACGCGAGUCGCGCAAGGAGGAGCAGCGCCUCCGCCGACAGGCCACCACGAUCGCUCGCGAGGUGGUGGCCUUCUGGCACUCGGUCGAGAAGCUCGUCCGCCACAAGCACCAGACCCGCCUCGAACAGCGCAAGCGCGAGGCCCUCGACAAGCACCUGGACUUCCUCGUCGGCCAGACCGAGCGCUACUCCACCAUGCUCGCCGAGGAGCUCGCCACCCCCAGCAUCACGCUGCCAUCUGCCACCACCGCCGCCACCACUCACCGCGAUGGCGGUGCCGAUGGCCUCGCCUCGUCGUCGUCGUCAUCGAUCGGCCUGCCCGAAGCGCCGCUCAGACUCGAGCCCCGGAUGGCGUACGAAAGUGCCUCGCUCCCGCGUGCAGAAGAGAGUGUGGGUGUGGACGGCGAUGAUGGCGAGUACCUCCUCGAGCGCGACCAAGCCGCAUUGCAGGUGCAGGCCGACGACGAAGCCACCCUGGAGCAGGAAGAGGCCCAGCAGCACGAGGAGGGGAGCAUCAAUGCGACCACUGCCCAACAAGAAAUCGAUUCACUCAGGGCCGAGGCAGACAUGCCCAUUGAAGAGCUGCUGGCCCUCUACGCGGCGCGUCGCGGCGAGGAGGACGAAGAGGAGGAAGAGGAGCAGGCGGAGGGCGAAGAAAAGGACGCGAUGGACAUCGAGGACGCCGCCGCCACCACCGCCGCCACCACCGCCGCCACCACCGCCGCCACCACCGCCGCCACCACCGCCGCCACCACCGAGAGUCUGCGUGUUGUGGCGACCGCAUCGGGAAGGACACCUGGCGAACGGGACGAAGCGGAGGGGCUGACAGCCGAGCUGCUGGCCGUGGGCAACCACCACCACCACCACCGCCGCGCCGAGGACAACGACGAUGAGGACGACGAAGGACGAGCAAGGAUCCGUCGGGCCGCCGCUGAGGCAACAGAAGCGCAGCCGACCGGCAACACGUUGUCCACCACCCACGUCAAGACACCCGUCCCCUUCCUUCUCAAGCACACGCUGCGUGAGUACCAACACAUCGGCCUCGACUGGCUGGUCACCAUGUACGAAAAGGGCCUCAACGGCAUCCUUGCCGACGAAAUGGGACUCGGCAAAACGAUUCAAACGAUAUCGCUGCUGGCCCAUUUGGCCAGCGAGAAGCAAAACUGGGGUCCUCAUCUGGUCGUGGUGCCGACGAGCGUGAUGCUCAACUGGGAGCGCGAGUUCCGCAAAUGGUGCCCCUCCUUCAAGCUCCUGACCUACUACGGAAACCCCAAGACGAGGCGCCUCAAACGGACGGGUUGGUCCAAACCGAACGCCUUUCACGUGUGCAUCACCUCGUACACCCUCGUGUUGCAGGACCACCAGGUCUUUCGUCGCAAGCAAUGGAAGUAUCUGAUCCUGGACGAGGCCCACAACAUCAAGAACUUCAAAUCGCAGAGGUGGCAGAUCCUCCUGAACUUCAAUGCGCAACGGAGGCUCCUCUUGACGGGCACGCCGCUCCAGAACGACCUCAUGGAGCUCUGGUCUCUCAUGCACUUCCUCAUGCCCCACAUAUUUCGCUCCCACUCGCAAUUCAAGAAAUGGUUCUCCAACCCCAUGAACGACAUCAUCGACAGCGGUGGCGAUAGGCAGCAGCAGCAGCAGCAAGAUGCUUUGGUCGCCCGACUGCACGCUGUGCUGCGCCCCUUCCUCUUGCGACGCCUCAAGAAGGACGUCGAGCAGCAGCUGCCCCGCAAGGUCGAGCACAUCGUGCCCUGCCGCCUUUCCAAGCGCCAGCGACACCUCUACGAAGAAUUCAUCUCCCGCGCAGACACGCGGGACAAGCUGGCGUCGGGGAACUACCUCUCGCUCGUCAACGUGCUCAUGCAGCUGCGCAAGGUGUGCAACCACCCGGAGCUCUUCGAGGAGCGACCCGUGGUGUCCUCCCUCGACAUGGGCCAGAGCAUCUCCAUGCACGUCCCCUCCGCGGUGGUCAACAUGCUGGCCUAUGAGGCAAUGGAUGACGUCGACCUGGGGUUCCUCAACCUGCGCUUCGUCGACAACGAGCCGAUGACCUCGUGGCAAUCCGAUCGCGUGGGAGAACUGCGCACCACACGCGAGCAGGCCACCGCCUUUUGCUCCUCGUCCUCCUGGACGUCCUCGCUUUGGCCCCGCGGGGAGAAGCAGCAGCAGCAGCAGGAGGAGGAGGAGAGCUCAGCGGAGUGGUCGCGCGUGCGGCCCUUGGCUCUGGGGCGCUGGCGGGAGGACGAACAAAGGCGGCUCGCCCACCUGGUCUACUCCAACGAGUGGCGGUGCGCACAGCGACCCCUCUAUGGCCUCGACCUCCGCCAGUGCGUCCGCGUCCCCGCUCGCACGCCGCCUCCUCCGCAUCUCGCGGCUGCGGAGGAUGGCCACGAUGCAGGUCCUCCUCCGCUGGUGCUGUCCCAUGAGAUGCGGGCCCUCGCGGUGCGCGACCUCGUGACGCGCUUCACCUGCAUCAUCACCCCCGCCCGUGCACCUCCGCCUCUCCUCCACUGCUCCCACCCUCGCCCCUCCGACACCGAGGCCAUGGCGCGCACCGCCUACCACCUCACCCAGAAUUACUUCGGCCGGCUCUGGUGGGGCAGCAAAUACACUUCCCCGAUCGUCAGCCCGGCCGCCGCGCUGGACGUGCUCGCCCGCUCGGUCGGCCAGUUCCUGACCCCGGGCCCGGAGGGGGCCAAGGAGCUCGCGCUGCCCCUCGCCACCGUCCGCUCGGUCUUCCACGCGCUUCUGCACCUGCCCGCGCCCGAGGGCCAGGCCCCGCUGCGUCUGGCCGCCACCAGCGCAGUGAAGGACCCGGAGCGGAACGUGCACUUGUGGCAGAACUUUUGCCUGUUCGAGAGCCUGUACGGCGCCUCCACGGCCAGAUCUGCCUUCGAGGCCGCGCUCUCCGCCCUGCCGACCGCCUCCGACCGCCUGCCCAUCUGGCACCAGUACGUCGCGCUUCGUCAGGGAAUCGAAGGCGCCGCCGGCGUGCAGAAAGUGGUGGACCUGCUUUCGCGCUGCUUCUCGGACGUGGCCACGCCCGCCGCAGCUCCGCUCCCUCAGCAGCUGCAGAGCCUUCACCCCUACGCCCGGAAGGUCAUUCGCGACACCGCGCCCAUGUCCUACGCAUGGCACGGCCUGUUGCUGGAGUCUGCGCUGGCCGGUCUGCACCCGACGCAGCGAGGACCCGUCCAGCGUGCCGUGCUGCAGAUCAUCCCGGCCUACACGCUCCUCUCGUUCUCGGUCGCCCGAUUCGAGCUCGGGCGCAGCAACAUCCCUGCGGCCAGGUCCCUCCUCGACGCGGCUCUCCGAUUGAAUCCGGCCUUCGACGUGGUCUGGCUCAACGCCGCCCGGGUGCGCAUGCGCGAAGGCGACGAGGCCGGAGCCCGACAGUUGCUCCAAAAGGCCGUCCAGACUCACCCCACCUCUGCCCUUCUCUGGCUCAACUGGAUUGCGUUGGCGCGAGGCGGCGACGAACAGGCGAAGGAGACGGAGGCCGAGCGCAGGAGCCAGGCCGAGCGACGCGGAGUCGACAUGAUGUGGUGUGUUCUCUUCUAUGUCGCGCACACAGGUCUGCUGCAAUACGACUGCGGAAAGCUGCAAGAGCUGGACCGCCUGCUGCGGACGCUCAAGCAGGGCGGCCACAAGUGCGCCACGGGCGGGGCGGGUUCGGCCUCUGUUCGCUCGAGGCGGAUGCUAGACGUGCUCGAGGCGUUCCUCAACAUUCACGGCCACACGUACCUGCGGCUGGAUGGCGCCACGCGCGUGGAGGAACGCCAGCAUCUCAUGGAGCGCUUCAAUGCCGAUCCGCGCAUUUUCCUCUUCAUCCUCUCCACUCGCGCGGGCGGACUCGGCGUGAACCUGGUGGGAGCCGACACUGUCAUUUUCUACGACAGCGACUGGAACCCGGCCAUGGACCAGCAGGCCCAGGACCGCUGCCACCGCAUCGGCCAGACCCGCGAGGUGCACAUCUACCGGUUAGUCACGCAGCACACCAUCGAGGAAAACAUCCUCCGCAAGGCCAACCAAAAGCGGCACCUCGAGCAGCUCGUACUCACCGAGGGCCAAUUCACCACGGACUUCUUCCAGAAGGUCACCAUCUCCGAUCUGCUCCAGCACGGGGAGGGGGCUGCUUCUGGAGCUGGCGGCGGCGACGGCGGUCUGGAGCCUCUAGCGCGCAAGGAUUCGUCGGUGUCGUGGACACCCAAGGACUGGGAGCGCGCCAUCGCAUCGGUAGAGGACGAAUCCGACGUGCACGCCAUGGAACAGCUCAAGAAGGAGCUCUCCGAGGAGAUGCAAGAGUUCACCGAAGAUCCGCACCACCCAUUGACGCCGGGAGGACCAGCUGCCGUGCACGCGGGCAAGGCGGCGGCGGCGGCGGCGGACAACGAAACGUUCCUCUCCGUGCUGUCCCCCAUCGAGCGGUAUGCGUUCAAGUUCCUGGACGAGGUCAAUCCGGUGGUGGACGCGCAAGAGCUCGAGGCCAUGCACGAGGAGGUGGAGCAGGAGGAGAGGCAGUGGGAGCGGGACGUGCUGCAGCGCAUCAAGAAGGAAGAGCUCCUUCUGGCCCAAGAGCCCCCGGCCCCCAGCGCCCAGGACGAGGAGCUGCUUUUUUAUGAGGUGGUGGGCAGCGUGAGCGAGUGGCGAGAGGCGGCGCUGAGCGGGUCGGCCGUGUACGGGGCGUGGUGCCCCGAGGAGGACCAGCUCUACGUGCCCUCCUACGACCGGGAGCUCUUCCCGGAGCUGUACCCGUACCCCGACCUCCCCUCGUGCAUCCACUACCUCCCCCGCCAUGACCACGACCACCACGACCACCACCCCGACCCCGCCUCUCCCCCGUCCCUCUCCUGCCCUCCUUCCGCGAAAAAGGCCGCCGCCGCCGCCUCCGCCUCUGCGCCGUCGUCGGGGGCCAGCUCCUCCUCCCUCAGGCAGACCACCCUCACGCCCUUCCGCCAGAAGCACCACCCCGCGCCCCACAAGGCCGACCGCCCUCCUCUCUCCGCCGCCUCCACCCCCGCCAAACACACGACGCCGACGCUCCAAAAGAAGAAGAUAAUGAAGAUGAAGAUGAUGAAGAUCCGUCACGCUCCGCCCUCCUCCGAGCCCCUCCUCCCCGAGCUGCCCGACAUGGAGGUGCCCACAGAAGCGCCGACGAAGCGCCCCAAUAAGGCCGACACCGAGGCGGCGGCGGCGGCGACGACGACGACGACCAAGAAGCGAAAGGGGAAGCCCGCCGCCACGGGGAGGAGCAGCGCAGGACCCUCUUCUCCUCCCUCCCCCGUUCUCCAACAGUCCGCGGAGAUCGCCUCGGCCUCGGACAAGACCAGCGGCAGCGGCCAGAAGCAGCCCGCGAAGAAGAAGCGACGCACCGUCAAGGAGGACAAGGGCGUGGGUCCCGCCGCCAAGCUCAAGCACGCCAAGGGCGACAAGGCCCUUACCACCGCCGCCGCCGCUGCCAAGAAGAAAAAGAAGCCAUCCAAGUCUCCCGCUACGCCCCGCCAUGCCAAAGGUCCGACGAAAAGAGGAGCGGACAAGGAGGCGGACCCGAGCACGACGACCGGAGGGGCGGCCCUGGCCCUGCCGGAAGAGGAGCGCGUGCUGGAUCGGGCGGUGCAGGCCUACGGCCCCUCCCCCAACUGGGACCUCAUCGCCGACAUCGUCAACUCUGCUCCGCCCACCCGCUACCACCGCCGCUCCCGCCAGCAGUGCCUCCAGCACUGGGCGAUGCUCAGCGCCUCCACCAGCGCGCCUGCCCCUGGCACGUCUGCGCCGCCUCCCGGGAGUGCCAGCGUGGCGGCGGCCACGUCGACGUCAUCGUCGUCGGGCGUCCUACCUUCCUCCGCCCACCCUGGCCUCGGCCCAGCAGCGGCCCGCGGCGGAUUGGCCCGCCUCGGGUCUGCGAGUCUGGCCCUCCCCCACCACCACCACCACCACCAGCAGCAGCAGCAGCAGCAGCAACACCACCACCACCAGCAGCAGCAGCAGCAGCCCGGGACUGGCCUGUCCCUCGCCCUCGGGCACGCCUCCGCCUCCACCUCCUCGGCUUCGGCGUUAGCCUGCGGUUCGCCUGCCGCCGCUGUCCGCGCCAAGGCCCAGCACCAACCCACUCCUGUUCCAUGCGGACCCGUCACGCCGGGGCUCUCGCAUCGCGCGACCCACCUCUCACCUCUCUCCGCGACGGCUGGCGGUGGUGGUGCCGGUAGUGGAUUCACCGCCACCAUAGCCGCCGCCGCCGCCAGUAGCAGCAGCUCCAUCGCCCUUCUGCACCGCACCGCCGGCCGGGGAGGACACGUCGUAGCCCCUUCGUCCUCGUCGUCGGCCUCGUUGUCGUCUUCCUCGUCACCGGCGGCGUUGUCCUCUGUCACGUCGGCGGCUGCCUCGUCGUGGCCGCUCAACCUCACGCCGCUCAAGCCGCCCACUCUCUCCGCACCACAUCCCGCCCCGCCAGAGGCGGCUGCCAUCGCCACCACGCAGGCGGCGCCCCAGAGCUCCUCCACGCCGCUCAAGGGCAAGCUGCCGGACCACCACCACCACCACCAGCCCCCCACCUGA